ACCAUCCUAGCUAAUAUCACAUGUUAUUUCUCCAUCCAUCUCUCUUGGCUCUAUUGCAUCUCAUCACUCAUUUCACUACUAAACCAGUAGUGUGUGAGAGAGAAAAAAAAGAAAGAAAAAGUGUAAUGGGUACCAUAUGUGUUCCUCUGAUAAUAUGUAUGAUAACACUUGUUCACCUACUGAUAAAAACCACACAAUUAUCAACGCCUCCUCCGUUGCCCAUCCUUCCCUUGCCGACGUAUUCCCAACUAAAAUGGCAAAAGAGAGAAAUCAUCAUGUUUCUUCACUUCGGAGUCAACACAUUUACAGACUCCGAGUGGGGGACCGGGCACGAAAGCCCCUCCAUUUUCAACCCAUCAAACCUUAACACCAGCCAGUGGGCUGACGUGGCAGACCAGACCGGAAUCUCCCUCAUGAUCUUGACAGCAAAGCACCACGACGGUUUCUGCCUAUGGCCGUCCAAGUAUACGGAUCAUUCCGUCGCUAAAAGCCCCUGGAUGGCCGGAAAAGGUGACGUGGUUCGUGAAUUCAUUGAUGCGGCGGUGGCCCGUGGAAUAGACACCGGCUUAUAUCUGUCGCCGUGGGAUAGACAUGAUCGGAGAUAUGGCCGGACUCUUGACUACAAUGAGUUUUAUUUGGCACAAUUGCAGGAACUACUUAAAAAGUCUACAAGUGUAAAGGAGAUAUGGUUUGAUGGUGCGAAAGGCUCAAAUGCUCCGAACAUGACCUAUUUUUUCGACGAAUGGUUCGCAAUUGUUGAAGAGUUGCAGAGCUCAAUCAACAUCUUUUCGGAUGCAGGCCCGGGCGUCCGAUGGGUCGGCAAUGAGAACGGGUUCGCGGGUACCACAAGUUGGUCUACCAUCAAUCGAUCCGCUCUCUCCAUUGGUAGCGAUACCACUCUAGGGUACCUAAACAGUGGGGACCCGAAAGGGACGAACUGGCUACCACCCGAAUGUGAUGUAUCGAUUCGACCCGGAUGGUUUUGGCAUAAAUCUGAAAAACCAAAGUCGCUGAAGAAGCUUCUCGAGAUCUAUUACAAGUCUGUGGGCAGGAAUUGUGUGAUGCUUCUCAAUGUGCCCCCCAACACAACCGGUCUUGUAUCCGAAGAUGACAUUGGAAGACUGAAGGAGUUUAGAGGUGCAAUCAACAGGAUAUUCUCGACCAAUUUGGCCCAAAACUGUUUGAUAGAGGUUAGUAGCGAGCGAGGAGGGAAAGGUGAGGGAUUUGGAGCUUAUAACAUGUUGGAUAGUGAUGAUUUAUGGACAUAUUGGGCUCCAAAAGAUCAAGGAAAACAUGAUCAUUGGAUUGAGAUCAAGGCAAGGAAUAUUGGUGAGAAGGUGAGAUUCAAUGUGGUGAGGAUCCAGGAGGCUAUCGGGCUUGGUCAGAGGAUCAAACGGCAUGAGGUCUAUGUGGAUGGGAUACGUAUCGUGAAAGAAACAACGGUGGGGCAUAAGCGGCUACACAGGCUGAAGAAUGGAGUGGUGCAUGGAUAUAUUGUGAAGAUACUCAUCACUGAAUCAAGGGGGUUGCCUUUAGUAUCAUCCAUUGGACUCCAUUAUGACCCUUUUUGGCAACCCAAACAAAAUGUGUCAAUGAAUGAAUGAAACAAUUUAUAUCUUUGUAUUUUGGCGUAUAACCUUGGAAAUGUCCAAAGAAUAAGAGG